UCAGUGCUGUCAACAAACUUUUAUCUCUUUUGCGCUGCCGAGUUCGUGAGUAGCUCUGCUUAUUCCUUAGGGAGCGCUGCAGGUUAAUUUCGGAACGCGCACUAAGAAUCGCUGGGUCACGCCGCCGCUGAGAUCCACUUCGCAUGGAUUACUCUGAGUACCAUGCUGAUAACGUUUUUACGAAGUUGGUUAUGUUUGAAACCUAGACGAGUGGCAAUUAUCGAGCAGGUCCUUUCAAGAAGGACUCUUGAGACAUCUAUAUUUACAUACAUUUCCAAAAGGUUCCAAAAUUAUUAUGUACUCUCAAAGUCUCACUGAGAUUCGACUUGCGUCCAUUGAAUGAUCAGCUUUCCCGUUGAUGCGAUUCCAACCAGCUUUUCACUACCUUCGUGUAUUGCACAUAUGCAUCGCAUCUCUUUCAUCCACACAGCAAUUAGGUUAAGAUAGGUCCGUACGGACGUAGUAUCUCUGUUUAGUAUGGUCGCUUUACACAUUGGCUCUAAGAGGAAGAACUGUUUCUGGAAGAAUAUAAGGAAAAAUAUUUAUUUGGUAUGUGAACCAAUGUCCUCUGAUAUUGAACUCCAUGGCCUGGACAAUACUUUUAUAAGCCCAAGCGCCUCGUCGAACCUGUUCUUCUUCAGAUCCACACAUCUAACACCGAUACUCAUUCGCCCCCAGAUGAUUGCAGCACUGAUAUUUUUCGCCUGAUGGGAGCUGACAGAAGAUUCCUUCCGUUCCAUAUCGACGAGAUAAUCUGAAGAGCAUUGGAACAAUUCCGCGGUAGGGUUAUAUUUAGUUGUUUUGUCAUUUGCUUGCAUAUUUGGAACGUUCAAAUGAUUUUCAGUUAGGUUAUUGCCCUUUGCAUAGUCGAAAAGUCUUCGUGCUUCUGCCAAUUAUUUGUUAUACGUACAUACCGUCACUUGUUGUUCAAAGCUUAUUCAUUUCGAUGUAUUGGAUUGCCUGAAGACUACUUCAGUUUUGUCCCGCGUAAAUGUCAUGAAAGUCUGCUUCAAAAAUAAUCGAUCCCAAACUUAAGAACUCAAUUUCGUACAAAAUUAUUAGUAAUUUUAACAAACGGUAAGGGGCAUGCUAGCUAAAUUUGAGUAAAUUCGAUCUAUCAAGAUGGACGAUAACGAACCCUCGCAAAACGAAGCUAUGAUGUUGGCUCGAGCCAGGAUGUUUGCGCCACUAAUCUGGGAUAUGACGCCAGACUUUGAGAUUCAGAGUCUGAAAGAUACGCGUUACGAAGAAGCCAUCAAUCUGAUAAAAGUUUGUGGUUCUGAUAUCGUAGCAGCUGACAUUACUUGACCUCGAGGUGAUUGGUGGCAGCUUUGGAAUAGCGAAAUCGUUAUUUUAUGGAACUCUUUCAUACGCAUUGUCCAGAUAUCGAUACGGGCAUAAUAAGAUUGUUCAAUGAUUCAUACUCACAGCAUCAUUACAUCAAAGAGGACCCAAUGUGUGCGUCAUGCGAAUUUAACAAGGAGGUCAGCUCUGUCACGAGGUUUCUGGAAAUGGCGCGUACUUGGAUGAAAGAUACUUUAAGCAUAUGCGCUUUAAGCGUACGCACUGGUCGACUAGUCGGAGUUGCCGUCAUGAGAAUAAACGCUUUGAGUGAGAAGGCGGAGAUCUAUAAUCGAAUCCAAGUUCUAAAAGGUGAGGUGCUCCCAAAGAUUAUGCAUUUGAAGAACACCUUGGUAAAGCAAGUCGAGAUUUACAAGACACUGAACAUCGAGGAGUACUUGAUGAUCUAUAUUUUGUCUAUUCAUCCAUCUUUUGAACGAAAGGGAGUUGUAGCGGCGCUGAUGCAGGCUACAAUUUCCGUUGGCAGAUCCUUGAAAUCACCUAUUAUUUUUGGGAUAUUCACAUCCAAGGUGGACCAAGAUAUCGCAGAGACUCUGAAUUUUGAAACGUUCUCGAUCGUUCAGUACAGUCGAUGGAUCGUUGACGAUGAGGUUGUAUUUGAUGAUCCUGGAAUUGGCAAUUACUCGGCGGCUCUGAUGGGUUUUGUCGUACCGAAAGAACAACCCGAAGAAACCUCCAUAAAGUGGAAAGAUGGCUCAAAAAAGGAAAAAAUAUAAAAGAUGUCUUGAAUCUCUGCGAGUAGUGGAGAGACAGUGUUAUAAAUCACAUGGCAAUUCCCGUUGGCUUUGAAGUUCAUCUCUCAGGUAACAAAUCCUUCUGCAUUCACUACGAAAGAUGUGGAAAGCGAAUAAACUAUACCAUGUCUUGAAAUCGAAACCAAAGACAUGAGAUGAUACUAAGAAAAGAAAAACGAUAAUAAAUAAAUAUGAAGUAUCAAGUAUCCGGUUGAAGUAGCUGUGUAAAGUUGUGACAGUAUUGCGAUGGAUAAUUUUUUAAAUACAAUGAGUAACUAACAAUAAGCCGACGUUCAGCUCUUAUAGUAUAAA